ACAACAUGUAAAGUAGAUUAAUCAAUUAAUGAGAUUUUAUUUUUUACUAGAAUUUUGCUCAGGAAUGGAAGGCUGGGAAAAGUUCUGUAAUUAUUAAUGUUUUGGUCUAGGUUGGAAAUAGGUCUAAUUAUUGAAUAUGUUUUGAUUCAGGUUAGGUUUUUUCAAGAGUGGUUGACUAAUGCUGUCUUGAAAGAACUAUGAAAAAUGCCUUUGAGAAUGGAGCUGUUAGUAAUGUCAACAUUGGCUGAUAGCCAAAAAUUAUUAGGCAUAUCAUUCAGAGUAUUAUCAUUAACAUCUAUAGAAUGAAAGAACAUGAGUGGUGAGCUUAAGCAACUCUUGGCAAACAAUCAAAUACAUUAUGUAUUAUGUGGGAAUACAUCAAAAUGUUUUUUUGAAAUGUAAACAAACUCUGCCCCUAUUACAAUGACCAGGAUCUCAGAAUAGGCUGAAGAAAAAAACAAUUUCUCAGGUACUGACAAGUCGAGGAUAGUAUGAGCAUUACAACAGCAUGUUGAAAUUGGCUGAAGUUAUCUUUUAAGCAACUCUUGGCAAACAACCAAAAACCGGUUGUUUUUUGGCAUGACCAUAUUUGUUCCCUCUGAUCAGACAGGGGACAAUAUAUUAGGUAGGGGCCAUUGAGUGGUCUGAUUCAAGCUCGUUUGUGGUUCUACACCUCAAGACAACACAAGAUGGAUCUCAGCUGUGUGGUGCUAUGCAUGUUGCACUUAGUGCUGAUGCUGGGUGUUUCACCAGGAAGGCUCGCAGUAGAUGCAGUGGCAGUGCCCAAGAAGAGGGGAAAGGCUGACGGUGGAGGAGUCAUCAAUCUCGGCAACAGAGAACAUACCUGGGAGCCCCACAUGAACGUCACAGCCAACUUUGGUGAAGUCGACGGUAUUAUGUCCUAUUUCUCAUUCCGGACCUUCGAUCCGGAGGGCGUGUUCUACUACGUACACUCCAAUGAGGGGGAGGACUGGUUCAUGCUCUCAUUGCGAGGAGGCGUCCCAGAGAUUCAGUAUGGCCAAUUAAGGAUGAAGGUCACUUUGACAGGUGGCCCAAAACUUAACGAUGGCGUCUGGCACAAACUGGAAAUCUACAGUGAGGAGGAGUUUUUGAGGCAGAAGGUGGACGGCAAGCCGGAGCUGAGGGUGAGGAUGUUCCAUGACCAGCCCGACCCCGGCAUGGUUGGAGCCCUCCACCUGGCGCUCGGCGGAAUCCUCAUCGACCCCGACAGGCUUCCCAUCAAGAUCAACCCUAUGAUGGAUGCUUGCAUUCGACAUGGGCGCUGGCUGAGCCUCAUCGCUCAAUGGGACAUCACUCCAAAGAAAAAGGAGAUCCCCUGCUUCAAUGACAUUAAACCUGGAAGUUUCUUCUCCGGUGGUGGACUCGUCAUCUUCAAUACCUCUGCCCUCCCUGAUUUUGAUUCAGACCAGAAAAUGGUCAUAAGUGUCCAUCCAUCUUCACACAAAUGGAGUGGCACUAUUCUGUCCAUGUGGUCCCCCCACACACACUUAAGACUCAUAAGUGUGGGUGCAGACGCUGAGGCGCAGAAGCUAUUUUAUCGAGUACAUUCAGGGGCCAACGCCACAGAAGAUUACUUCGAUAAGGACAUCAAGAGCUUUCAGCUGACCAUCGAAAAAGACAGCAUCACCUUUGAAGCACAUCAACAAUCUGGUAUCAUUCUGCAAUCCAAGACCAUCCUUGCACCACGAUGCAGUCAUGGCAUUGUGGAGCAGUGGGAAGAGGGAAUGCUUCUUGGUUUUGGUGGACUACUAGGAGAGGGUGGUGAAUACGAUGCCCCUGAUUCUGCAUACAUGGAGGGCUUUUUGGACUCGAUUUAUAUCCAAGGACAAAAAUGGGAUUUGGACCAAUCAUUGUUCAAGGAUGAGACGGUGUCUACACAUAGCUGCCCUAUUUGAAUGCAUAUUUGAAAGCAUUAAUGUACACUACUCUGUAUGAAUGUAUUGUUUUAAAAAUAAAUCUGAAUAUUUUA